UACAGUACACAAGUAUGACAUAAUCUGGGUGGUAGCUGUGUACAGUCUGUUCAUAAAAUGAAAGUGAAAGCAUGCAGGGCUAUUUGCACGUCAGAUAACAGCUCAUAACACACUAGGAAAAGACCAAAGUAAGGAAGUGAAAUAAUCUUUCUCAAGGUUGGGAAAUCGCUUUUUACGUCGUUAUUUUAUGUAUAUUAAUUUACAGCCGCUAAAAUAGUCUGCGCAGUAAAUGUUAGUCUUGGGAAGCGUUCAUUGUUUAACCGGUGUCGACGAUUCUUCGUCUUCCGAGGUACUGGGCCUUAUGAACCUUGAGGUGUUGUUGCUACCAAAUACACAUAUAGGGAUACAUUAUCAAUCAAGCGAAAACAAUACAUGAACUGCACUUUUAUAAAGGAGUGUCCCAAGAUCAUUGCAGUAUCAUAUUAGAGUAAGUGCCAAAAUGCCAGUGGAAUUCAGUGGAUGGGAGGCAUACCGUGAUAAAUCAAAGCACCUUAAACCAGGUCAAGAGCCCAAAAAGAGCCACGGCUAUAUUAUGUACCAUGGGACACACAAAACCAAUGCCCCAGCUAUCAUAUCAUCAGGGUUUCGGCCCUCUGGUGGGGGAACUCUGGGUCCUGGUGUCUACUGUAGUAGGAAUUUGAACAAAGCAAUGGGUUACCCUCUAUGUGCUCCCAAUGAUAGAGUUGUGUUAAAGCUGCGAGUGAGAGUGGGUAAAGUGAAGAGGAUUGAUGGGCAAAGCAUAAACCUGCAGACUACAUGGCAUCAGCAGGGAUAUGAUACAGCCUGGUUGCCUGCCUCUGCUUCUGGUGUGGGACUUGAGGAAGAUUGUGUUUGGGACCCAAAGAGAAUUACUGUGAUUGGAAUAGCCCAUUGUACAGACUCCAGUACUAAGAGUUCCCUGGAGAGUCUCAUAAAGCAGAAUAGCCAAUCGCAGGACUCGAAUGGCAAAGAUCUGAAGCAGUGUAAAGGGUGUGGAAUGCAAACAGAGCAUAAACACACAAUGGAGAAAUGCUGGUCCUGUAAGGCAUCCAUAUGCCCCUUCAUGAAAAAUCACAUUUGCCAAAAGAAAGGGAAGUAAUUAUUCUUGAGCACUUGAGAACUAGUUAAUUGAUACUUAUAAACACUUUAAUUAAAUAUAAUCUGUGAAGUGCUGUUGAGAUAUGGUAAAGGCACUGUAAUUCAAGUUCUUCUAAUUAUAUUACUAAAAGUAAAGACAUUACAGUGCAUGGAAACCUUUGUUUUAUUUGAUUCAGAUUAAUACUGUUAAAUUAAUUAAAUUUAGAUUUUGUUGUGAUAUAUAACUCCACUACACUUGUGCCAAACAUUAUACUUAAUGUUUUUAUCACCGUAAAGCAUAUCUGGACUGAAAUAUUAAUACCACUACAAAGUUAAAAAAAAAAAAAAAAUGUUUUCUGUAUUUCCCUUGUCAUUCUUUGCUGUUUAUGACCUAGUAAGAAGUUUUGUUUGUAUGUUUGUUUGUUAACAUGCAAAAUAUUGUGUCUAAAAGAAAGGAAUGAAUGUGACUCUAUACUGUGGGCAUUUGGUUUUGAUAAUAAUUCCAUAUUUAAAAUUAAAGAUGUAAUGUAUAGACAACAAUGUUGUUUAUGUUUUGAAUGCCAGUGUGAAGUUUAUUGUUUACAAAUUCUCUAUUCAUGAUGAAGCACUCAUUUAUGAACUAUUAAUUUGUUUAUAUUGACCUUUUGCAUAAAACAUGCACCUGCCCAACAUCACCAUUUACUGUAUGUACACAAGUUUUUUCUAGCAUAUAUUCAGAUGAAAAUGUAUAGUGGCGAUCAAGUUAUUCAGAUGAAAAUGUAUAGUGGCGAUCAAGUUAUUCAUGUUAUUCAAGACGGACAGGGUAGGAUGGGAUGGGAAAUGAUCAGCACCUUGAAUUUCUUUUGGAAAUGAAAAGUCAAAGCCUUCAGUUUUGGAAAGUAUAGGGGAAGAUGAUCUGUGUGCAAAUUAUAUCAGUGAUAUCAUUUACUGUAUAAGAAGCAAAUAAGAAGCAUUGCUUUGAUAGGAAAACAGUCUGCCUUGUGCUUGCUGACUGGCUGGCUAAAUCAGAUAUUUAAAGUUAAUGCCAUGUCCUUCUUAAAAAUUCCAUUUGUUUUAUUUUGCUGGUUUAUGGUACAUACAAAAUCUUAUUCAUCUUUAUUCAUUUAUUAAAUAUAAAAAAAAUAAUAAAAAACAUAACUCAAAGAUAUGUCAAAAAAGUAUGUUUAAUGUAUUAAUAAUUUAUAUAAUUGUGUUACAAUAAUCAUUUCUCAGCACGUGAGUGGUAUAUCAUUGGAAAGUACACCUCAUCAGUAACACUCAUCUAUCUCAAGAUGAGGUGGAAAUCUACAAUUCUCUGGACUGACUUGCUCAUUUCAAUUAGAAUGGCUUUGUCUAUGGCUAUUUUUAAGUCUUUAAAUUCUGAUUGAAGCACUCUUGUUCUUGUCUUAUGUUUUGCUUCAUUUAGAUUUUUACUUCCUUAUAAUUUUUCAUUGUGUUAUUGGUGUUUUUAGUCAUUUUGUUGUAAAGCACAUAUUACAUAGAAAUAAAAAUUUAAUUAAAAAUUAAAAAUUAAAUUGCCAUUGCCUUUGCCUUUGCCAGUGACAAUGACACCGCCAUUGCCAGUGACAAUGACACCGCCAUUGCCAUUGCCAAUGACAUUGCCAGCGACAAUGACACCGCCAUUUUUAGCGACAAUGACACCGCCAUUGCCAUUGCCAGUGACACUGCCAGCGACAAUGACACUGCCAUUGUCAGCGACAAUGACACCGCCAUUGCCAGUGACAUUGCCAGCGACA